AUGGUUCAGAAGCUACCUUCUGUCUUGGCCAUACAAAAUAAAUGAAAGAGCUGGAGGAGGAGAAAAGGAGGAGGAAGGAAACACCUGAAAUAAAACCCACGACAUUUUCUGGGCUCUGAAUCAAGAGGGAAGGGUUUAUUUUCUUCUUUUUAGAAGGAACUUCGGUUGGAUCUGGAAUGAGUUUUGCAUCCUCCUUAAUUUCCCCACAUAAAGGAGAAUCCUUGUACUGUGAAGCUUGGAAUCAGAUUUGAGAGAAGUGAUUGGUUAUUUUCCCCUCCAUGUCAAUUCCAUUUCAGAUCAUGGCCAAACAAGCUGAUGAAGAGUCUUACCUGGAUUUCACCCAAUCUACCCCAUACCUACAUUUGACACAGAGACUGGGCUGUCUGGAUGCCAGUGCGUCAGAGAAGGUCUGAGAACACCAGGAUUGGGAACUUGCUGACAUGACAGCUCUCUGCUGGGUAUAACCUGUGAGGCUGGCCCCAGGAGGGGAGCUACCUGUGGCAAAGGUGCAUGCAGGGUCUUCCUAGGAGAAUACGAAAGCCCUGUGGAGGCUUGUACACUUAAACAGACCAGAACAUAGGUGGGAGGCUGAAGCCCACACCAUGGCUUUUCAUCUCUUUGUGCCUCGGAGUGCUUGGAAUUGGUUGCCGCUGCUGCUGCUGUUGCUGGUGGUCUUCAAGUUUCCUGGUGCUGCCUGUAAUGUGAAUGUAUCUAGCAACUCCACUUCUUACUCUGAACCUAAGGCUCGGUUGGCUGCUGCUGCUCCUGUUGCUAGCACUGCUAGCUCAGAGCAGGAUGAAAGGCUGUCUGUUUUUUCUCUGGAUUAUGAUUAUGUUCAAAUUCCAUAUGAAGUAACCCUUUGGAUACUUCUUGCAUCCCUUGCAAAAAUAGGUUUCCAUCUCUAUCACAAGCUUCCAGGUCUUAUGCCAGAGAGCUGCCUCCUGAUCAUGGUUGGCGCCCUUGUGGGGGGUAUUAUCUUUGGCACUGAUCACAAAUCUCCACCUGUAAUGGAUUCAAGCAUCUAUUUCCUGUACCUCCUUCCACCCAUUGUCCUUGAAGGGGGCUACUUCAUGCCUACGCGACCCUUUUUUGAGAAUAUUGGUUCCAUCCUAUGGUGGUCGGGGAUGGGAGCCCUGUUGAAUGCCUUUGGCAUUGGCCUCUCCCUCUACCUUAUAUGCCAGGUCAAGGCUUUUGGUCUCACUGAUAUCAACUUGCUUCAGAAUCUGCUUUUUGGGAGUAUGAUCUCUGCAGUAGACCCUGUGGCAGUGCUGGCUGUAUUUGAAGAAGCUCAUGUGAAUGAGCAGCUCUACAUGAUGAUCUUUGGGGAGGCCCUGCUCAAUGAUGGGAUAAGUGUGGUGUUAUACAAUAUAUUAAUUGCCUUCACGAAGAUGCAUAAAUUUGAAGACAUAGAACCCAUUGACAUUUUGGCUGGAUUUGCCCGGUUUAUUGUGGUAGGAGUUGGAGGGGUGUUUUUUGGCAUCAUCUUCGGUUUCAUUUCUGCCUUUAUCACACGUUUCACACAGAACAUUUCUGCAAUUGAACCACUGAUUGUCUUCAUGUUCAGCUACUUAUCUUAUUUAGCUGCUGAAACACUCUACCUUUCCGGCAUCCUGGCGAUUACAGCCUGUGCCGUGACAAUGAAAAAAUAUGUGGAAGAAAAUGUGUCACAGACCUCCUACACCACCAUUAAGUACUUCAUGAAGAUGCUGAGCAGUGUCAGUGAGACACUGAUUUUCAUCUUCAUGGGAGUGUCAACAGUGGGAAAAGACCAUGAGUGGAACUGGGCUUUUGUCUGCUUCACCCUGAUCUUCUGCCAGAUUUGGAGAGCAAUAAGUGUAUUUGCUCUCUUCUACAUCAGUAACCAGUUUCGGACUUUUCCCUUCACCAUCAAGGACCAAUGUAUUAUCUUCUACAGUGGGCUUAGAGGAGCUGGGAGUUUUUCACUUGCAUUUUUGCUGCCCUUAUCUCUGUUUCCUAGGAAGAAAAUGUUUGUGACAGCCACUCUUGUUAUUAUUUAUUUUACUGUAUUCAUUCAGGGAAUCACUAUUGGUCCUUUGGUGAGAUACCUAGAUGUGAAAAAGACGAACAAAAAAGAAUCCAUCAAUGAAGAACUUCAUACCCGUCUGAUGGACCAUUUGAAGGCUGGAAUUGAAGAUGUGUGUGGACAGUGGAGCCACUAUCAAGUGAGAGACAAGUUUAAGAAGUUUGAUCAUAAAUACUUAAGGAAAAUUUUGAUCCGAGAGAACCAGCCCAAAUCGAGCAUUGUUUCAUUAUAUAAGAAGUUGGAAAUGAAACAGGCUAUUGAGAUGGUGGAGACUGGAAUUCUAAGUUCUACAGGCUUUAUGAUACCACUCCAAGCACAGAGAAUUCAAGGAACCAAAAGGCUUUCCCCUGAGGAUGUGAAAUCCAUGCGGGACAUUCUAACACACAACAUGUACCAAGUUCGUCAAAGGACCCUGUCCUACAAUAAAUAUAAUUUAAGCACAGAAACAAGUGAGAAACAAGCAAAAGAAAUUCUAAUCCGUCGCCAACAUACCUUCAGAGAGAGUCUGAGGAAAGGCAAUAGCCUGCCAUGGGGAAAGCCGAGUGGUAUCAAAAAUAUCCGCUACCUCUCCUUCCCAUAUAGCAACCCUCAUUCAGCAAACAGAGAAACAGGAACUGGUGUUUUCACAGAUGAUGAUAGCAGUGAUUCAGUCUUCCCUCCUGUUACAUUUAAACCACAUGCUCGAACAGGGUCACUUCAAGAAAGACGAAAACAGCCAGAGCUGAUUCCAAUGGAGAGGUUGCGUAGAGGAGGGAGAUCUUUAAAUUUGGGUUGUCAAAGAAGUGGUACCAGAGGAGACCAAAUGAGCAGAAUAAGGCCGCCAUUAAUAUCAAAGCCACAGUUUCAUGCAGUGGAUGAGGAGUAUGAGUCAGGAGAAGAAGAAGAAGAAGGACCAAGAAUAGUGGGGCAUAGAUGGACAGCAGAACCUAGAGAUGGAAAAGAAUACCACAAAUCCCAUAGUCCUCUGCUCCCAAGAAAAUAAUAUUAUUCUCCAUAAGACUUUGCCUUCCUCUCUAGCAAGUUAGUCUUUUGCAUUUUUCUUGUUACUCUGAAAGAGGAGUUUUUAGAGUUUCAAGGAGAAUAAUUAGAUUGGGUUUACUUUCCUUAGCUAAGGAACAUAUUAGCUAGGUGUCUGUGAAGACAGAAGAAAAACUAUCUGUGGAUUUCAGUAGAAUCAUGUUUGGAACUCUAUUAAUUAAGCAAGUUAAACCAUAUUCUUAGCUAACAUAAUUUUGUGGGAGAACUCCUAAUUGAUGAUAAAAGAUAAUCAUUUUGAAGGCAAUUAACUACUAAGAAUUACUAUGAAGGUAUAGCAUGAGACUCUAAUCUAUGCUAGAUAAUUCAGGUACAAAUAUAAUCAGUGGUGCAUGUUAUACUAUAUGAAUGGUAUAUGAAUGAAGCUUUUAACUAGUCUUCUAUUUCUAGGGUAGAAAAAAUCCAUAGAAUCAAAAAUCAUAAAAGUUGUAAUUCUUUUGUAACAUUUAUUCAAUACAAAUAACAGAUAAUAUAUAAACCAUAGGAUUAGGCUCUGUGAUACGAAUUUGUAAUGUACAGUGUGACCAAAACUAUAUGUUUCAAGCCUCAAAAACAAAUUUCCAUAUCAUUAUCAUUCCAGCUGAAUGUUUAAAUAUCAUCAUUGAAACAAGAAUUCUGACUGAGUGCUAUCUUUGUGUAGUAUAUUUAGUGAGACAUUGAGAAGAUAGAAGAUCAACUAGUUCAACCACAAAAUUUUACAGAUAAGGAAACUGAGGCCUGGAAAAAUGAAGAUAUUUGCCUAAGGUCAAAUGACUAGCUAGUGGCAGAAUCAAAACUAAAGUACUUUUGUCCCGAAGUCCUCUCCAGUGGUCUUACAAAGCAAUCUCUGUCCCCAAGGAAUUGAUAAUCUGAUAUAAAAUGUAAUGUCAAUCAUCAUUCAAUCAGUGGAUAAUGGAAUAUGAUUUUUUUGCUCCAUUAAUUAUUCUUAUUAAUCCAUUAAUUAUUAGCUUUAUAGAAAACAUCUAACUCAGGGCAAUGUUCUAGUCAUAGCAGUAAAGAUUUUGAUUAAAAACAAAAUUCCAAAGUCCUUUAGCUCUCUAAUGUCUCUAAUAUCUCUAAUACUAGUUUGGAAAAGUAAUGCUUUAUUGAAAAAUCUCUAUAAACUUUACUUGAUUUUUAUAAAUGUUAAAUAAUCUUUUCUUAUGUUAAGUGGCAACAUUGAGUCCAGGGUUUUCAAACUGUUUUUAAGUAAGUGAACUUUACAGUACUAUACAUAAUAGGGAAAUAGCAAAAUUUUGUCAUAUUGUAGCCUAAUAACCCAAUUCAGAGAGAAGGUAUCAAAGAUGAUCUGUCCAAUAUUACAUAGAAACUUGUUGGGACAAAUUAAUGAGAGUAUGAUUUGUCUCACUAAUUUAUAAAUUUCUUAUACUCUACCAAAAUAAUACCCCAAAAAUCUUCAAAUGUGUUAUGCAUUAAUUGGCAUAAAAUAUAAGCAGAGAUUAACUCGAGUAAUUGAUUUCAUUUUGUAAUAAUAAUAGUAUUUAUAUAAUGUUUUAAGUUCUGAAAAAACUUUAGCAAUAUUAUCUUAUUUUAUCCUCACAACAACCCUGAAAAGUAGGUGCUCUUAUCUUUCUCAUUUUGCAACUGAGAAAACUGAGGCAGGUCAGGUAAUUUACUGAGGCUCACUUACUAAAUAUUUGAAGCUGAAUUUGAAUGCAAGUCUUUCUGACCCUUGGUUCAGUGCUAUAACCAUUGUGUCAUUUGAUUAUUUGGUAAUCUUUUACUCUUAAAUAUUAGUAUCAUUUUCCAGGUAAUUUCAAACAACUGGAAAUUAUAUUUCAUUAGGGUUUGGGAUAUUGAGCCUUUUAUCAUUUUUAAACAUUUGCAGUAGUGGCAUUUGUCCAUCUAGCAAAGCUAUGUUGACUCAAACAACUCCAAGAAAUCUGAUAAAUAAAAAAUAAAGAUACUUCUUAACAGAAAAGUUUUUACCAUUAGCUGCUGAUCAAAGGAAGCACAAGAAAUAGAAGGGGAGAGAGCUCCUGAUUGUUGCAGUUGACUUAAAGAGUUCACAGGGAAAAAAAUGGCACCCAUUAAAAUCAAAAUUUCAAAAAUGAUAAAAGCCUCUUUGUUUAAUCAUCCAAUAUUGUCUCAGUCUACACUGCAAUCACCAUUUCAUGCUUUCCUUAUUGGUACUGAAGGCUGGGGAUUAGUAGAGUGUGUAAUAGUAAUUCAUGUAAUUUUCCUCAGUAUCAAUGUUACAUAAUGUACUUUCCAACAGGCAUCAAGAGCCCAGCUCUCAAUUCUGAAUCUGCAGUGUCAACAGCAUGAGCUUCCUCUUGGCUAAAUAAUAAGGGGCUUGCUCUUUUUCUCUUCCUUCCCUAGAAAAAGAAACAAAAGACCAGAAGUAUUCUUAAGCCACUUAAUCUUUGUAAUGAAACCAAGGAGCCUAUUGAGGGAGAGUAGAUUGACUUUCUGCUGUCAAACUCAGAAGGCUAGCAGGAGCCAUAAUUUCACUUAGUAGCUUAUAGAUUUACCAUAUAUGAAUUUAUCUAAAGUUUUUUCAAGUCUAUUUACAUUUUAACCUCUUUCUUUCCUUUUCCCCUCCCCUCCUGUCCUUCUUUCCUUCCUUCCUUCCUUCUUUCCUUUCUUCCUCUUUUUUUCUCUUUCUUCCCUUUUUUCUUUCUUUCUUCCUUCCUUCUUUCUUUUUCUUUUUUCUUCCUUCCUUCCUUCUUUCUUUCCUUCCUGCUUUUCUUCCUUCCUUUUUUUCCUUCCUUCUUUAUUUUGGAAUUCUAUCAUAUAGAAAAAAUUUUUUCUGGGAAAAAAUGAAUAAGAAUAAGGAGUAAUUAUGAUUUCAUUGAUAUAGGGAAUUCUAGAACUCUCUCUGAUAAUGCAAGUUGUGACAUAAUUUAGAGCCUUAAAGAAUUAUCUAGAAUAAUAAGCAUAAUUUGCCCAGGGUCAACCAGGAAUUAAACCCAUAUCUUCCAAGCCCUACUCUAGUUUUCUACUAUACCAUGUUGCAUUAGGUACUUUGAAGGAAUAAAGUCAGGAAUUAAAUUAUGACCUUUUUAUUUUAUUUUGCUAAGGCAUCUGGAGUUAAGUAACUUGCCUGGGAAGUGUCAAGUGUCUGAGACCAGAUUUGAACUCAAGUCCUCCUGACUUCAGGAUUGAUAUUUUAUCCUCUGAACCACCUAGCUACCCCGAUUAUGACCUUUUUAUUAUCCUUUCUUCAAGAUUUUCUUUCUCAAAGAGCAGAAAGGAAACUUUAUUCAUAUUAGGUUUCUAGAGAAAGUUCAUGUCAAAUAGGUUUUAAAAAUAUAUAGACUUCACUGAUGUAAUUCAUACCCACCCCAAAGAGGAUUCUACCCAUCCAUAGUGGCAUUGAAUAGAAAAGUUUGCCACCUUUAGUUAGGACAAAAUCUUUUUCAAUAUGAUUAGAAAUAAAACUUAACUCUUCUCAGCAAUGUGGUGAUCUAAGAGAAUUACAAUAACGUUGGGAUGAAAAAUGCCAUCUACAAGCAGAGAAGGAACUAUGGAGACUGAAUGUGGAUUGAAGUAUCGUAUUUUCACUUUUUUCUUGUUAUUGCUUGCUUUCUUGGUGAAGAGGAAGGUAAGGGAGGGAAAGAGAAAAAAUUUGGAACAGAAAAUAGUACAAAAAUGAAUGUCAAAAACUAUCUUUACAUGUAUUUAGUUUAUACAUAUAUUUAUAUGUACUUGAAAAAAUAAACUAUUGAGAAAAAAAGGAAAUAAUGUUCAAAAUGCAAAAUAAGACAAAAUGAAAGAAGGUAAAAAGAACAUCUGCAGUUGAUAUUUAAGCCUUAAGUGAUGGGUAUUAGAAAUUUUGAUGAGCAUAUGAUAAUAGGAAGGAGGAUAACAAUAAAACACAAGAAACUUGUAGAUCAGAGAAGAGAGGGAAGCUUUGAUAAUGAGUAGCUAAAAAAAUAUCAAGAAUGAUGUAAGUGGGCAAUGAGGAAGAAUACAAGAUCCUGUAAAAAUAUUAGAAAGGCUAAAGCAUGCCCCCCCCCAAAAAAAGAAGACCUAAUAAAUGCUCCUUUUCUUCAAAUGUAAAUUAUGAGAAUGGGCUGAAUGGCUUCCAUCCUUUUUAAGACAAUCUCUACCAGCCAAAUGGGCAUAGAAACAUAGAAUACAUAAGCAAAGUUUAACAAGACUAGAAAGGUCUUACUAAGAGACUAUAUUGUGAAGGGCUUUAAAAGCCAAACAGAAGAUUUUGUAUUUGAUUGCAAAGAUGAUAGGGAGGGGCUGAAGUUUAUUGAACAGGGGUAGGUAGAAUGACAUAAUCCAUACUUCACAAAAAACUCAUUUUUGACAACUAAAUGGAGGAUGUAUUGAACUGAAGAGAGACUUACAUCAGGAUAUUUCAAUAGUCUAGGCAUGAAGUGGAAUGGGAGCUUGGACCAAGACAGUAGCAGAGUGAGUAGAGAGAAGGAUAUGUAUAUAAGAAAUGUUGUGAAGGUAAAAAUAAUAAGGCUUGACAAUUAAUUGGCAUAUGUGAAGUGAGUUCAAAAGAUUUCAGUAAGGUUGUAAGUCUGGGUGACUUGGAAGGGUAGAACCUAGUCAAUAAUAAAGCAGUUCAGAAGAGGGAAGCCUUGGAUUGGUGGUGAGAGAAAAAAUCUUAGCAGUUUUGGAUGUAUUGAGUUCGAAAUGCUUAUAGGACAUCUAGUUCAAGACAACCAAAAGUGUUGAGAUUGGGAAAGAGGACCCAAAAGUUUGGAGUCACAGACCAAUGUCUUGAGGCAUCUCAAAAGAAUUUGCAGGCUUGAACCCAUCUUCUUAGCCAAGGGGCAAAGUUUAUUGUAAUUGUAACACCAUUACAAAAAUGGGCUUGAAUUUCCAAAAGAAAUUAGGAAAAAAAAUCUAUCCAGUUUUUUUAUCAUAUGCUCAAAUGAUCAUAUAUCAUUUAUCCAUAUGCUAAUUUGGUGGUUCAUAGGUAGGAAGGAGUAGUCUCUGGAAUUUGGUUCUCAUUUUGACCAGAUUAUUACUGACCAGAUUAUCAAUCAGCAAUGAAUUGAGGAGUGGCCUUAUUCACUAUUGUCUCAGGAGUUUAAUCUGUGGGACUAUGUGGAGGCCAGAAGCUAUCUAAGGAGUGAUAAUAAUCAGACAGAUUAGGUAUGGGAGUGUCUUAAGGCAGACUCCAAAGCCAGAAGAUCUAGAAUCACUGACUUAUUACCAGAACAGAAGCCCUCCCCUUCUUAAAAUCAGGGGAACACAAAAAUCAUAUUACAUCAAAAGGACUGUAGCUUGAGAGAAAUGUGGCUAGACAUCUGAAUAUUAUCUACAUAGAGACAAUUGAAUUUAGGGCAACUCAUGAAAUCACAAACCAAGAAAGUUUAGAAUAAAAAGAGGACUCAAAGUAGAAUCAUGGGGUACAAUCAUGAUUAGUGGGUAUGGCAUGAAUGAAGAACCAAUAAAUGAGACUAUGGGAAAAAAAAUUAGGGAAGAGCACUGUGAUAAAAAACCUAGAAAGGACAGAGUGUUCAGAAGGAGGGUAUAAGCUGUUAAGAAGGAUGAAGACUGAGAGAAAUUCAUUUACUUUAGCAGUUAAGAAAUCCUUUUGAAUGGAAAACUUGAUAUUUCUUCAAAAGACAAAUUAUAAAUUAGCUAAGCUGUGGCAUCAGGUUUCUAUUUUCCCUGCCUUUCCUCAUUGGCAAAGAGUUCUCAGGAUAUGGGGAGGGGGAGCAAGUCUGGAAGGGUGUGGAACAGACUAACUCAACCCUUAUCUCUCAUAUGUUGAAAGCACAUGCUUCAGGAUCAGCAAAAGGAAUGUCUGUUUAAAUUUGAAUCUAUGGGUUGCUUCUCCAUUUACUGUAGUUUUUUGAACUUAGAAUGUAAGGUCACAUUCUCAGUCAAUGAGAAUGAGCCAGUGGGGAGAAUUGAUUGGUAUUGCAUCAGGGGAAAUUUGCCCCUUCUAUCUGUGCUCAGAGCCCUCACUUUCACUUCUUCAUAUGGUGAGAGUGACUGCCAUUUUCUCAUGAGAAUCUAAUAAACUUUCUCCUUAUAUCUUUAAAAAAAA